CGAAGCAGAGAGACAAAGAGAGAGAGACUUCAUUGUUAAGUUUGUGUUCGCAGAACUCCUCAAGCUUCUUCCUUUUUUGCUCAUACAAACAACAAUGGCGACGGUUACACUCAAAUCCUUCACGGGUCUUCGUCAAUCAUCAACGGAGCAAACCAACUUCGUGUCUCAUGUACCGUCGUCACUUUCUCUCCCUCAACGACGUAGCUCUCUCCGAGUUACCGCUGCCAGAUCCACUCCCAAACUCUCCAACCGUAAACUCCGCGUCGCCGUCAUCGGUGGUGGUCCUGCAGGCGGAGCUGCUGCGGAGACUCUUGCUCAAGGAGGUAUCGAGACGGUUCUCAUCGAGCGUAAGAUGGACAACUGUAAGCCUUGCGGUGGCGCGAUUCCUCUCUGUAUGGUUGGAGAAUUCAAUUUGCCGUUGGAUAUCAUUGACCGGAGGGUGACGAAGAUGAAGAUGAUCUCGCCUUCCAACAUCGCUGUUGACAUCGGCCGUACGCUUAAGGAGCAUGAGUACAUUGGUAUGGUGAGAAGGGAAGUGCUUGAUGCGUAUCUGAGAGAACGAGCUGAGAAGAGUGGAGCUACUGUUAUUAAUGGUCUCUUCCUUAAGAUGGAUCAUCCUGAGAACUGGGACUCUCCCUACACUCUGCAUUACACGGAGUACGAUGGUAAAACCGGAUCUACGGGUACAAAGAAGACAAUGGAGGUUGAUGCUGUCAUUGGAGCUGAUGGGGCUAACUCCAGGGUUGCCAAAUCUAUUGAUGCUGGUGAUUACGACUACGCCAUCGCGUUUCAGGAGAGAAUUAGGAUUCCAGAUGACAAAAUGACUUACUAUGAGGAUUUAGCUGAGAUGUAUGUUGGAGAUGAUGUGUCGCCUGAUUUCUACGGAUGGGUGUUCCCUAAGUGCGACCAUGUAGCUGUUGGAACAGGCACUGUGACUCACAAAGGUGACAUUAAGAAGUUCCAGCUUGCUACUCGUAACAGAGCCAAAGACAAGAUUUUGGGAGGCAAGAUCAUCCGUGUUGAGGCUCAUCCCAUUCCUGAACACCCAAGACCACGUAGGCUCUCCAAAAGAGUGGCUCUUGUAGGUGAUGCUGCAGGGUAUGUGACUAAAUGCUCUGGUGAAGGGAUCUACUUUGCUGCUAAGAGUGGAAGGAUGUGUGCUGAAGCCAUUGUUGAAGGUUCACAGAAUGGUAAGAAGAUGAUUGAUGAAGGGGACUUGAGGAAAUACUUGGAGAAAUGGGAUAAGACAUACUUGCCUACGUACAGGGUGCUUGAUGUGUUGCAGAAAGUGUUCUACAGAUCGAAUCCGGCUAGAGAAGCGUUUGUGGAGAUGUGUGCCGAUGAGUAUGUUCAGAAGAUGACAUUUGAUAGUUACCUAUACAAGAGGGUUGCACCAGGUAGUCCUUUGGAAGAUAUCAAGUUGGCUGUGAACACCAUUGGGAGUUUGGUCAGGGCUAAUGCUCUAAGGAGAGAAAUUGAGAAGCUCAAUGUCUAAGAACAAAAAGAUGAGGUCUAUCCCCUUGCUUCCUAUCUCUCUCUUUUUGUUUGUUUGUUUGUUAGUAUCUACAGUACACUAAUGUUGAAACCCUUCAAGGUGGUAUUCAGUAUCAUAUUUAUGUUUUUUGUUCA